ACAAACAGUAGAGGGCAGCGAUACGCCAUUACAACGGAUAGUCUGCCAAACCUCAAACAGAAGAAGACCUGGUUUUAAACACUAGGAGCAAGCGGGAGUGAGUGUGUGUGUGACUGGACAGGAUUCAAUCAUCACAGCAGUGUUGUGGUGUCCCAAUGGCGACAGACAGUGUUUCACAGUUGGCCGACUCUCUGGCUAAGGCUGCAGUAGAGGAAGGAGAGCUGAGCUACAAAGGCCAGGGAAGAAAGCUGGAUGAUGCCCAAUCAGUGGAGGAGAUGGUUAAGGAAAUCCAGGACUUUAAGGAUUUACAGGCUCUGAGGUUGGAGGGAAACACUAUAGGUGUGGCGGCAGCACAGGCCAUUGCCAAGGCCCUAGAAACAAAGAGCAAGUUCAAGCGCUGUUAUUGGAGUGACAUGUUUACCGGUCGCCUGCGCUCUGAGAUCCCACCUGCCCUGAAUUCACUGGGUGACGCUCUGAUGCUGGCGGGUGCCAGGCUGACUGUUAUAGACCUCAGUGACAACGCCUUUGGACCAGAUGGGGUGAAGGGCAUCGAGAAGUUGCUCAAGAGCACGGCCUGCUACACAUUGCAGGAGCUACGGCUCAACAACUGUGGCAUGGGCAUUGGAGGGGGGAAGAUCUUGGCUGCUUCAUUGACCCAGUGCCAUAAAAAGUCCAGCGCAGAGGGCACCCCCCUCGGCCUGAAGGUGUUUGUUGCAGGGAGGAACCGUCUGGAGAACGAUGGAGCCACUGCCCUCGCUCAAGCCUUCCAGUUGAUGGGCAGCCUGGAGGAGAUUCACAUGCCCCAGAAUGGCAUCAAUCAUCCUGGUGUGACAGCUCUGGCCACAGCCGUGCAGCACAACGCAGGCCUCCGCAUCCUCAACCUCAACGACAACACCUUCACUGAGAAGGGGGCUAUCGCCAUGGCUCAGGCCCUGAAGCACCUACGCAGCAUCCAGGUGAUAAACUUUGGCGACUGUCUGGUGCGGCCAGCAGGAGCCAUAGCUAUUGCAGAAACUGUAUCCGAGGGAUUACCAAUCCUCAAGGAACUCAAUCUGUCAUUUGGCGAGAUUACAGAGGAAGCUGCUCUGGCUGUGGCACAAGCAGUAAAGGACCGGGACAAGCUGGAGAAACUGGACCUAAAUGGUAACUGUCUAGGAGAGGAUGGCUGCAAAGCUCUGAAAGAUGCCAUGGAAGGCAUGAACAUUGACAAGCUUCUAGGAUCGCUCAGUGACGACGAGGGUGAGCCAGAGGAUGACUAUGAGGACGAAGAUGAGGAAGAGGACGAAGAUGACGAGGAUGUGGAAGAGGAGGAACUAGCGGAGGAAGAGGAAGAAGAGGAGGAAGAGGAAAGCAAUGACGUCAAGCUGUCCACCCCUGUAUCAGCACCACGGCCGCCAGACGUCUCCUCCUUCCUCAGCUUUCCAUCUCCAGACAAACUGCUCAAACUGGGGGCCAAGAGGGCGUUGCUGAUCGAGCAGCAGGUGGACGUGUCCGAUGCUACAAAAACAGCUGAAGCCUUCCUCAAGAUUGCAUCUGUGUACAAGGAAGAUAAUAAUGAAGUUAAGAAUGCAGUGUUGGACAGCAUUGACGCCCUUCUGAAAAAAGCUUUUGCCACUCCGUCCUUCCAAGGCUACAGCUUUGUAUCAUCUUUGUUAGUGCUGCUCGGACUUCUCAAGAGUGAGGACAAGGUGAAGCCUGUGCUCGUGGUUCCCGGCCACCUCCACGCCUUGGAGCACGUCGUUCGACAGGACUACUUCCCCAAAGAGAACGUGGCCGUGCUGCAGGCCUUCAUGUCCCGAAACAUCAGGGCUCUGGAGUCAUGUGGCAGUGCCAGAAACAGCCUUCAGUCAACAUUGCAGAGAAUCAGGCCUGAGGGCUGAGGACUGUGGACACACACACACCCCCACACACACACAAACACAAACCCACACACAGACACCGACAGACAGACUGACUGAUCACUAAUGGACCUUGGGAGAAAAAAACUGCACACAUGGGCCCAAAUUCGAAGCAAGUAAAGCAGAGCAGCACUUGAGAAGAACUCACUCCGCUUCACUGUGUCACCGCUGUUCUUCACAAGUUCAGCAACAAACCUCUUCCUGGACUCUGGACUGGACUUGAAUGCUUUUGUGUUUUGAAGUAGACCAUGCUCUUAUGGUGUGGACUAACUGAAGUGCUUUGUGUACACUCUUAUAACCACAAGACAGCACUUUGGUGCUAACUAGAAAAGCUCUGACCAGAGUUAAUCUGGGCUCAAAGUUUCAGCUAUUGUACAUUUUCUGUUUCUUAUAUAGCUUUUACUAUUCUGCUGUUUUAUAUUAAAUGUUUAUUGAACUUGGUAAUAUGAUCAAACAAUCGUGUUAAAUAUGUAUUACACUGACAAAUAUUAUCAAAAUAAGACUGUAAAAAAACAAUAGAACAAUCAAAAGUGAUGAAAUCUAAUUAAAUGUAUUUUUUGCUUUUAAUGAGACUGAGUUUUUGCAUUAGGGUUGUGAAAAUAAACCUGCUUUGAGUGUUGAA